UGUGUGUGUGUGUGUGUUUCCAGAUGGCCGUGGACAGUGGUAAGACCAUAGUGCUGGCAGCACUGGGCCGGCCCUUCAGUCUUGGGAUGCUCUACGACUGCCGUAACGACUCACUGAUCCCUGCUUUGACACUUUGGGACCGGGAAGCCUUAGAGAAAGGAGCAGAUGAAAGACACCAACCAUACAAUGACGUUGAAAUAGUUGCAUCUGACUCCAUCGAAGACAAAUCUUCUGCAUUGAAGGUUGAAGCUUCACUGAAAGCCAGUUUUCUGUGUGGACUGGUUGAGGUAGAAGGCUCUGCUAAGUUUCUCUCAGAUUCUAAGAUUUCCAGAAAUCAGGCUAGAGUGACACUAAAAUACAACACCACCACCAAGUUCAAAGAGCUGUCAAUGAAUCACAUUGGCAGUGGUAAUAUGAAGCAUCAAGAUGUUUUUAAGUCAGGACAAGCAACACACGUAGUGACAGGAAUCCUUUAUGGGGCACAAGCCUUCUUUGUGUUUGACCGUGAAGUGUCAGAAAAGGAAGAUAGGCAAGAAAUCGAGGGAAAUCUAAAGGUGCUGAUGAGGAAAGCACCCACCUUGAAGAUAGAAGGCCAAGGUUUUCUGAACAUUGGAGAAAAGGACAUUGCAAAUGUUGAGAAGUUCUCCUGCAAGUUCCAUGGGGACUUUAACCUUGAGAAAACCCCUGUGUCUUUUAGGGAGGCAAUAGAAGUCUUUCAAAGCCUACCUAAGAUGUUGGGAACCAACGGAGAGAACGCAGUGCCUCAGAAGGUCUGGUUAAUGCCACUGAAGAAUCUAGAUACUGCUGCUGCUGAACUGGUUAGACAGAUAAGCUAUAGAUUAGUCAGGGAUGCUCAGAAUGUCAUGGAGGACCUCAGCGAGCUGGAAAGGAGAUGUAACGAUACAGAAAGAUGCACAACAGCCAAGCAGUUCCCACAGAUUAACAAAAAGUUAAAGGCUUUGAAAGAGCUGGUUUCUCAGUACAAACUGGAGUUCCAGGAUAUUAUGGCGAGGAAACUCCCAUUGAUCAGAGGAGGAGGAGAGGAGGAAAGUGUUCUCGCAAAUAUCCUGAAAAAGGUACAUUCCUCUCCCUUCAAAAGUGGUGAACUGAAUGAGUGGAUGGAAAGCAAAGAGACAGAAAUCAAACUCAUCAGCUCUCUGAUUGACAAAAUGCCCAACAUGACGAUCGUCACUAGUCGCAGCACUCUGCACCAUGAGAUCCACAGCGGAGAUAUCACAUAUGCUGUGUACUUUGUCUUUACCUCCCUGGAAACCCCAGAGCCUUACCUUUCAGCUCUGUCCAACUACUUGGAUGAAACCCAAACAGACAACGUGCCAUGUGCUUAUGAUAUAGAAAAGGAACAAUGGUUCUUCUCAAAUGACGUAAUGGACAAACUGAAAGAGAAAGUAAAGCUCUUCAAAGAUUUUGCAGAAGCCAACAAGGAGAACAACAGCAUCAGAUUUCUAACAGCUGCGACAAGAGAUGAUGAGAAGAAAGGUGCAACCCUCCACCUCUACAAGGAUGGCUCCUUAGUGACUGACAACUUUGAACCACCUUCGAAGCCAGAAAUGAUCACAGCUGACAUAACCCACAACAGUGUAACACUGAAUAUUUCACCACCUCGAUUUGGGUUGACAACUGUGAACCACUACACUGUUGAGUUCUGUGUCAAUGGAGGCGAUGAUUGGCAUCAACAAAUAGAGAGCAAGGCUGGGGAUGUCACAGUGUCCGGCUUACAGAUAAAUGAAGAGUAUCAUUUCAGGUGUAGAGCCAAGUGCCCAGUCGGCUUCGGUCCGGCCUGGGUAUCUUUAAUUAAAACUUUACCAUCCAGUAAAGUUUUAAGUUCUACAGAUCUUUCUAAGCGGUUAGCAGAAGCAGUUAAGAAUGAAGGCAGGAAGAUAAAAGGACAUUCAGGUAAUCUGGACAUUUACGCUCCUCCUCUAAAACUCCAGUCUAUGAAUGUAGAGGGAUGCCAGCGCUUCAUAUUUGGAGAAGACUCUGUUAAACAGAACCGCACCAUCAUGGUUCUAGGAGCCACUGGGUCGGGCAAGUCCACCCUGGUCAACAUGAUGAUCAACUACAUCCUAGGGGUCAAAUGGGACGAUACCUUUAGAUUCAAGUUGGUAGACGAAGGCAUGGCCAAGUCUCAGGCUCACAGCCAGACCUCUGAAGUAACCGUGUACAAGCUCAACCACCGAGAGGGCUUCCAGAUCGACUACUCCCUGACUAUUGUGGACACGCCGGGUUUCGGAGACACGAGAGGCAUAGAUAGAGAUGGGUUGAUUAUGAGUCAGCUAGAAAAUUUAUUCUCGGCUAAAAGUGGAAUCAGCGAGAUUGAUGCCAUCUGCUUCGUGGCCCAAGCGUCUCUAGCUCGGCUUACAACGACACAGAAAUACGUCUUUGAUUCGGUGCUCCGCAUAUUUGGCAAAGAUGUGGCAGAGAACAUCCGGAUUCUGGUGACAUUUGCAGAUAACACAAAACCUCUGGUUCUCGGGGCGAUCAAUGAGUUUGGGGUCCCAUGUCCUAAAACGAAAAAUGGUUUACCAAUUCACUUCAAAUUCAAUAACUUUAUACCUGGUGCAUUCAACGAAAAUGAGGGGGGUGACAUUGAAGAAGAUGGAAACAAUGAUGAGGAUGAUGAUAAAUGCAAAGGCGAGUGCCCUCCAACGAAGCAUGCCUACAGAGCUUUCUACUGGGGUUCCGAGACGGUGAAAGAGAAACGAACCUACGAGGAGCUGAAAAAAAAGUAUGAGAAGGCCUCUAAGAAAGCCAUGUCCGUUGGUGACAUCAUCAAACAGAUGGAGCUGGAGUACGACCACCUAGAGGACGAGGUGGUCAGGCUGAUGGAGCGCUCAGCCAAGUGUCUCAACACCCUGAAGGAGAUCGCUCUGAGGCCCGAUCCAAUCUCAACACCUGAAUACAUCGACCUGCUGAUAGAGGGAGAGAAGUCAGAGGCCAAGCCUGGCUACCUGGAGCGCAUCAAUAAACUCCAGGAUCUGAAGAAAAAGGCCAUUACCAUUGGGGAGGUUGCUAGUGGGGCCACAGCAGACUCAAUUUUGCGGCAGGACAGUCCAUUGGUUAGUACCUCUCCCAGCGCAACCCCCUGA